GAGAGGUCCAUAGAGCUGUCUUUCAUAGAGUAAUUGCAUGAAGGAAAAAAGAUCGUCGCGUAGAGAUUAUUUCUAACAAGCACGACUAACCUAGGAGGUAUUACCUGACCUAACCUAACCUAAAGUCACGAUGGCUUCCCGCUCGGGGUCCCAGCGACCAAAGGUCAAGCCGACGGCGGACGAGAACCACCGGGUGAUCCAGAGCGUGCGGCGGGAGCGCCACAGGCACAACGCGGAGAUGCGCCGCGUCAGGGCCAAGGUCAGCUCACUGGAGGCGGAGCAGGACAACCUGUGGGUCGAGAACAAGCAGCUCCAGGAGGUCCUGGAUCACUUGCCCGACCAGACCUCGAUGGACGAGUACGUCGCGCGCAUCGACGCCUUGCAGGACGAGAACGAUCUCCUCCAGGAGGAGAUCUGGAAGCUCAAGGGCUUGUCGACCGACCAGGUAAAGGAGCUGCGGGGAGAGGAUCUCCCGACGCACCCCCGCAACAGUAUCACUCCGGAGGAAAUCGCCGUGGAAUAUAGAAACUUCAUCGACCAGAUCAUGAACCUCAUAUACUCGUGGGUCAAGCCGCUGCUCGAAAACGAGCGCUGGGCGCAGAAGGUAGUCGAGACGGCGCAGAAGGACGGGAGCAGCGCGGCGCUGGUGCGGUGGCUGGACGCGUACCCGGACAUCGCGCGGCUGUCGUCCUUCCACGUGUCGACCGAGUACGUGCUGCUGGCGAGCAUUAUCCGGUGGGUCGACCAGCACGUCUUCCGCGCCGAGCUGCCGGGGGUCGCGCCCGAGCUGCUCGCGCUGCUCGCCCGCGUCGAGGACUCCCUGGACAACCACGUCACCCCGCGCCAGCGCGCCCUCGAGCUCCGCCGCUGGCGCCAGACCACCUACUUCGCCCUCGUCCACCACCCCGAGUACAAGGGCGCCCGGUUCGCGCGCGAGGCGGCCCUCGGCGAGGCGCUGCGCGGCAUCCUCGCGUUCCUGCCCGCCGUGCGCGACGGCGGCGCCGAGGUCCUGCAGCAGCUGCGGGACAUCGUCGUGUUCCCGGCGCUGGAGCUCAACGAGCUGUUCGUGACGUCGACGGACCACUUCCAGCUGCAGAUAUGGGACUUCCUUUCGCGCAAUAAUGGCAGCAGCAGCGGUGGUGGUGGUGGUGGCGGCUCGGGAGGAGAGGAGACGGCGACGACGGUCGAGCAGCUGUGGGAGUACCGGGACUGGAUCGAGCUGGAGGACGCGCUGGACAACAACUCGACGAAGGUGACGAUCGCGGACAAGAGCGUAGAGGAGGCGGCGCGGCGGCUGGACCCGGUGUGCACGGUGGUGCCGGCCGUCGUGCUGACGAGCGCGGACGACUUCGACGACGUGACGCUGUGCUGCCGGGCGUACAUCAUCGCGGCGUGGGGGCUGCCGCAGGCCAGGGAGAGGAAGUGGAACGAGCAGGUGCCUGGGUUCUUGAAUGGAUUCUUGGCCUCUUGAUGAAUGUUUUUAUCAUCAUCAUCAUUAUUAUUAUUAUUAUUUUUUAAAAAAGACUUAAAAAUUGAAGAAGGUAGAUCAGUGUAGAGUUAUGAUUAAGAGAAGAGAAGAGAAGAGAAGGGGACGGAUGAUGAUACGAUUCUUUGAUGAUCAGAGAAAGAAGUAUAUAUAUCUACCCAAGGUAGGUACCUACCUACCUACCUCCAUCUACCUAGCAUUAGUUUCGGAAGACUCUGUGGCAGUUAACGCGUCUGGGAGCGUAUCCAGCACUUCGAGGAAGUCUUGGAACUGGAAACCACUUCGCGAUCUCUUUUCGUGUCAUUCGCAUUUAAUGGGUUAAGGGUAAAAUCAUUAUUUUAGCGAGUUUAACGUAAUAAUACUACUAC